AUGGAGUUGCAAGAUUUGAUCCUGCAACUACUUCAUUGUAUACCAUUUUGGAUCCGUUCUGUGCAGCGGUUUAUAAUGCAUGGAUUGCCGGAGCCAUUACUGAAUUGGUGCAUUUUCGAGUUCUUUCUCAACAUCAUCCUAGAAACAAAGAGUAUUGUCAUAGACUUCGCCAAAUCCAGCGGAGAGGAGAUUUGUAAGAUGAUCGAGGGAGGAAUAAGAGGGUUAGAUGUUGGGAUUUUGGUAAAUAACGCAGGGAUGGCUUACCCUUAUGUAAUGUAUUUUCAUGAGGUUGAGUUAGAGGUGAUGGAGAGCCUUGUGAAGGUGAACUUAGAUGCUGCCACUUGGGUCACCAGGGCUGUGCUUCCUGGCAUGCUGGAGAAGAAGAAAGGAGCAAUAAUCAACAUUGGCUCCGCUACCUCCUUGUUCUCUUACCCUUUAGGCGCCGUUUAUGCUGCAACCAAAGCGUACCUUGCAAUGUUCUCAAGAUGCGUUGGUUUGGAAUACAGGCAACAAGGAAUAGACAUUCAGUGUCAGAUUCCACUGUUUGUGGCAACAAAGAUGGUAAAGGGUUUGAAGGCGUCUCCGAUGUUGGUGCCAUCACCGGAGAUGUAUAGCAAAGCAAGCAUACGAUGGAUUGGAUAUGAGCAUAUCUGUGUACCAUACUGGAUGCAUUCUGUGCAGUGGUUUAUAAUGCAUGGAUUGCCAGAUGCAUUACUGGAUUGGUGCGUUUUCCAUUACUUUCUCAACGUGGGUAAGAAAAGAUUGAAAAAGUUGAUGAUGAUGGCCGGGGGGUGCAUGAAGCAGGCAAAACUUUUUGAUGUCACAGUGUGA